AUGAUAACAGUGGAAGACGUAGACCCUAGCUGCACUGUGCGGCAGCUGAAGCAGCAGCUGCAGCAGCGCGAGGGUUUGGCUCCGGAGCAGCAGCGGCUGAUAGUCAAUGGACAGCAAAUGCGGGACGAAGACAAACUUUCCGAUUACAAUUUAAACGAGAAAAGCGUCAUACAUCUGGUGCUGCGGCUGCGGGGGGGUUUGGUCCAAACCCUAAUUCCUAAACCCUUAAACUGA